GGAAAAACACACGAUUUCAGUAGCACUCUCCCAGUAUUAUUACAGUGUAUUUUUGGUGUCCGAUAUUUCGGGCCUGCUCUGCAAAAAGCGGAAUCAGAGUACAAUCGUAAUCCCGAUAUUGCCGGUCAGUAAAAAUAUCCAAUUCAGAGUUCGUUCGAACAACACAACGCGCUCUCCGGUCCUUCCAUAUUCGCUAUCUUUUCAAUUUGUUUCCGUCUUUUUUUCCCCUCCACUUUAUGAUCUCUGAUAUAUAGGAAGAGGCUGCCUUGCCUUUUAAGACCGUGUUUGGGUCCUUCUGCUUCACUGCUUCUACUAUUGACUUCACUUUUUAUGGCUCAACAACAACAACAACAACAAUCCCCUCAUAAACCAAUUGAAGAAAUGAUGAGGAAUCUUAAGGUUGAUCCUUCUCUAGAACUCUCCGAAUCUAAUACGGUCCUUUCAAAGGAUGGGAGCCCAUCAGAUGCAACGUCGUGUAUUUCUUCGGCAGGAGAUGCUACUGGGAGUGUCAAAGAAGAUGAUGUGCUCGAUCAUGAUUCCCUGACUACAGAUCGGGCCUUGCCGUAUCCAGCUGAGAACUACUUCUACGGAUAUUACUAUCCAGUAGCUUUUUUACCAGGUUAUGAUGCUACUUUUGGAGGAGGGUCUAAUGACCAACUAUACUAUGUGGCUGGUGAUGGAACAGAACUUCAAUACCCUGUUAUGCAGGCAGAUAAUGGGUCUUUGAUCCACUUCAUUCCAGGGAUACACCAUAAUUACAGCUCUUACAGCGCUUACAUGCCUGUAAGCAUGAUUGGUGUUGAUGGACAAUUUGUUGCUCAAUCACCAUAUUCACCAAGCUCCAUGUUCCAACCAUCCAUUCCUUCCCCUGGAUAUAUUCCAACUCCUGUUCCCUAUGGAGAGUUUUUACCACACCUAUGGGACCCAUCUGUUUUUGCUGGGGAUGGAACAUUAGGGAAUUAUGGCCACAGCGGAGUUCUGGAAAUUCCUAGAACUAAACCUAACAGGUCUUCACCUAGUAACCCUCGUGGUCCUGUACCAAAAAAGGCACUGCCUUCUGACUUAAGCAAAUCGUUAGAAACUAAGACUUCCCUUCCAGCACUGGAUGUCUCAUCUGUUCAUGGCAUGCGUAACCAGUUAAAAUUACCUGGCAAGGCUUCACAGCAUGUCUCUUCAUUCCAGUCAGAUGUACUGGGCAAAGGGUAUUUUCCAUUUUCAAAGUUUCCAUCUUAUAAUCCAAGGAAGGGUGCCAUGCUCUAUCCGAAUAACACUAUUAAGGCAAAUGCAAGGGGUUGGGGAAGCAAUGAAAAACUGAAAACAAGAAGCAAGACCAAUGGCAUCAAUGAUGCAUUGCUUAAUGAGCAGAAUCAUGGUCCCAGGACAACCAGUGCAAAAGGUUCUGUGGCAUUUGGAGGUACUGCUGCUGAAUCUUUGGCUCCUGAUGGGAACGGAAACAGUAACAGCAUAACUUCAGUUAUUAGCAGGGAUCAAUAUAACCUUCCUGACUUUCCAACCAACUACGAUCAUGCAUUUUUCUUUGUCAUCAAAUCUUAUAUUGAAGAUGAUAUUCAUAAAAGCAUCAAGUACAAUGUGUGGGCCAGUACUCCUAAUGGAAAUAAGAGGCUGGACAGUGCAUAUCUAGAUUCGCAACAGAAGAUAGCACAGAAAGGCUGCAGUUGCCCUGUGUUUCUUUUCUUUUCGGUAAAUGCAAGUGGCCAGUUCUGUGGAAUUGCAGAAAUGAUUGGUCGUGUUGAUUUCAAUAAAAACAUGGAUUUCUGGCAACAGGAGAAGUGGAAUGGUUAUUUCCCAGUCAAGUGGCAUAUCAUUAAAGAUAUUCCAAACCCCCAACUACGACAUAUAAUACUUGAAAAUAAUGAGAACAAGCCGGUAACAAAUAGCAGAGACACACAGGAGGUAAAAUUUCCUCAAGGUAUUGAAAUUCUGAACAUAUUCAAGAACUAUGUUUCAAAGACAUCAAUAUUGGAUGACUUCGAUUUUUAUGAAAGUUGCCAGAAGGCGAUGCAUGUGAGAAGACCAAGGUCAUUGAUAUCCCAUUUUGAUCACAAACAGCAGAAAACAAAUGAAUUGAUCACUGGUUUUCAGUCGAUAGAUAUAUCUGCUACAAAAAACAAGGUGGACUCUCGGGUUGGAGAAAACACAAUAGAGUGACAGCAGUUGAAUUCGGAGCUGUGGAAAUACAGCCAUUGCUGCUGAUGCAAAAGCCACCUGAAUGGGGAACGUUCAGGGGAAAGAAAAAAAAAAAAAAACGAAGAUCCUCUGUUGUGAGGUACUGGGAGUAAAAUUUUUUCAAGGAGGGGAUGCCUUGGCGACACUCGAAGUGGUUCCUUGUCUGUAUCAUAUGAGAAAGCCCAUCCCCCUACUAACAUUGGGGUAUCAUGUAGUUUUCUUUUUUUGUUUUUUUUUCCUUU